UCUUAACUCCAAUCUUCACUUCUAUUGUCAGUCUCGCUCUCUCUCAAACAUCCAAUCUUCACUUUUGUUGUCAUUCUCGUUCUCUCUCGCACAAAUCAGAAACACUUCUGCUUAGAUUUGAUUUCACAAACAUGGUGAUUAUACCACCUUCAUCCUACUCCACCGCACCCCGCAAAAAACUUCCAUUGCCGAACUUGAAAGAUGUCGCGAAAAUAUCUCCAUCUUCACCGUCUUCAUCGCCAUCCUCCACAACUUCCGGUACCGCACCUCUCCUUGGUCAUUCACCACAACAUUCUGCACCCAAAAUGAAUAAAAAACCUUCAAAGAUGCGAAAGUGGCUACGAAAGAUUCACAUGCCGAAAAUAUUAAAAGGGUUCAACGUGAUCAAGAUGACUCCACCAACUAAUAACAACAGUGGAUGCAAUUUGCCGCCGAUUGCGCCCCUUGUCUGUCCGUUAUAUAUACCGUAGUGAAGGUAUAUAUCGUUCCCUUAUUUGAAUAGAGUUUUUUUUUUCUUUUUUUAAAAUCAUUUUUUAACUAGCGUACCAAUAGAAAUUUUUUUGUCCUUGUUUAACUCCGUAGGUGGCCUCGAGUAAAGAUUGGAAAAUCUAAGGAAAAAAAAAAAGAAAAAGAAAAAAAAUGAAUAAUCAA